AGACGAGUCGCGCGCACGCUGAUUCGACUCAGCCUGUGACUCCAUUGGCUGCGGGAUGAAGAAAAGACUAGUCUUAAUCGAGAAGCCCAUCGACGCGGUUCGGACGCACUUGCGGUGGUCGGUCGGAGCCCGUUGGGGAACAAAGCGUGGGUAGUUCUUCGAGCAGCGGUAGCACGCCGGUCGACUGGAUCUAGAUCUUCCGGUUCCUGGUGUAACUGAAUAAAGUGCAGUUCUUAUGUUCCGGUUCUAUUACUGUGGUUUUGCGGUUUGGAAUAAUGUUGAGGGAAUAAAGAUGUUACAAAUAUAAAACACGUUUAUUGGUUUGGCUGCACGUUCGGUUAACGGCUGUUUUGUUUAGUGAUUGGUUGAUUGAUUUGUGGGGAAUUGAAUACAAUAAGAAAGCUGGUAUCGGGUUUUCCGUUAGAAGUGUUCUCAGAUACGGUGCUACAGUGUGAUCGAAUAACAACGUGCUUUCGUGAAUUGAAGUUCAAUCGUGUGUAAAGAUUUUGACCAUAUCGAUUGAAAGCCUUAUCAAAGCUGUUGAUAGUUGGUACGAAAUAAGGGCUAUCAAAACAUUUGGCUGGUGUAAACAACGGAGUCGAAGAUGUGGGCCUGUCAUGUAUUCAUUGCAUUGUUGCGGGUAAGAAUCGGAUAAAACCGCAUGGACGCCUUUUCAACGAAACGUAAGCAGCAUUACACAACUGGUGACUUCUACUUGCCAGCCCUAUAUUCUAAACAGACGCAGAGGAAACGGAACGUACUCUCCAAGCAGGAGGUAUUCCGCAUGCUAGCCCCCCAACUAGACCCAUUAUCAAGGCGUAGUUUUCGCCCUAAUCUCCAAGAAUGGAUAUCGUUAGAGUCUCCAAUAAUGUUAAUGAUACCGCUGGUAUCAGCCAACAGCAACAACCGCAGAAUUAUGUGCAACAUUCUAAAACCAAGGACAAUAACAGCAAUAGCCCCAGAAAUGGUUUGAUUCAACAGUCAACGAACAGUCAGAGCAAUCAGUUCUCCUCUACAUCGACACCGAAGCAAUCGCCCAGCAACGGCUAUGUCCAGCUGGCUGCGGUCGGGUCCUCGUCCGGAGGAUCAUAUGGCGGGUCUGACACCCUGCACCAGACGUCCAGCGACUCCGGCAACAGUUCCUGUGUUAGUGGUAGUGCCGCUACUGAUGAUCCAGAGACAAAGAAUACAAGCUUUGCUAGUGAUGAAACCAAGGAAGCUAAACUCGCGGGUGGUGAAGACGAAGAUGAGUGCAAUGGUGGUGGAGAUGAAAAGCAAUCGCUUUUGAAAGGAAAUAUUUAUGUGAACAAGUUCUAUGACGAUGGCCAGGAUCGGGAAGACGAAGGCGUUGAGUGCGAUCGUUUGAAGAAGUUGGCAGCUCGUGGCAGCUCAACUGACACGGACGACAAUGUGGAAGAUGUGAGACCAUUACUGAAAGUGAACGUGGAAAGUGAAAAACGCAAACCGAAAAGUAUUGUGAAGAGUCCCUCGAAUUUAAGUGUUGGUAAGGAAUUGAAUGCAAGCAAUUUGCAGAAGCAAAGGCUUAAUUUACAAUUCCAACUACCGGUCGAAAGUGUGAUUGACGAUCGACCGCCAGUGGUCCAUCAUGUGCAGUUUAGUAAGCAAGAAAACGGUUACUGUUGCCGCAGCGUCGGUGUCGAGCAGGAUCUUGGCGAUGGAAGUAGCAACAUCAAUAAUAAUAUCUGCGGUAAACAGCAGGUUUGUUCCAGUCCCGUGGGCAGCAUUUUGUCCCAGGAGUCUGGUUCUGGCUCCAGCACGUCUUCCUCGUCUAACGAAAACAGUUCGCUGGGUGGAUAUGCUGAAGCUCGGCCACCGGAUGGGGGCUGGGGCUGGGUAGUGUGCUUUGCUUCGUUUAUGGUAAAUUUGAUUGCCGAUGGUGUCACGUUCAGCUUUGGCGUAUUGUACGUGGAGCUGUUGGAUUACUUCGGCGAGGGCAAAGGUAAAACUGCUUGGGUUGGUUCGCUAUUUAUGGCCAUGCCACUUCUUUCUGGACCGGUGGCAUCAUUUCUUACGGAUCGGUAUGGCUGUCGGAACGUGACCAUCGUGGGCUCUAUACUGGCAUCCGCUGGUUUCGCCAUAUCCGCCUACGCCGAAACUAUCGAAAUGCUGUAUCUGACAUUUGGUGUGUUGGCUGGCUUUGGGCUCAGUUUGUGCUACGUGGCAGCUGUGGUGAUAGUGGCGUAUUACUUUGACAAGAAGCGAUCUUUCGCGACCGGACUGUCGGUUUGUGGCAGUGGUAUUGGAACGUGUAUUUUUGCUAAGCUGACGCAAAUUCUUCUGGAUGAGUACGGGUGGCGUGGAACGACGCUUAUUUUGGCAGGUAUUUUCCUCAACAUGAGUCUUUGUGGCCUUCUGAUGCGUGACCUCGAGUGGACGACGCACAAAUCGAAACUCAAGCGGAAACAGAAGGAAGCCGAUUCGUACUCGGUGAGCAACAGUACGAAUACUGCAGGAACGACAAGCAAUCUGAACGCCGUCGAUCCUGCUGCUGGUGGUGGUUUAGUCGGCGGAGCAAACGACAAUGCAUUGCCGGGAGCUAAAGGAGAUCAGAUGAUCGAUCCGAACGAUCCGCGCCUGUUCAGCUCGCUGAUAACUCUUCCAACCUUCAUCAAGAAUGGCGAAAAAGUGCCCUACGAAGUAUUAGAAUUACUCUACAAGCAUAAAAAUGUGCACGAGCAUGUUUUGCAAAAUUAUCCUAAUCUGCUACAUUCUCGUAGCUUCAGUGAACCUUUAGGACCUAAGAGCAAUGAAAUGUCCCCUGAGAAGGCUAGCAACCCCGACCAAGUAGUAUCUCCUAGUUCCAAGGAACACCGCCAGCUUGAUAUUCCGCAAGGUGGGGACGCCGCGCAUAAUCAUCAUCCGUUCCUGCGUCGAACACACAGUCACAGGCCAACAGGCCUGCGAACGCCCACCACCGCCUAUCUAAAGGAUCUCAGAAUGCAUCGGCAUUCCCUCACCUACCGUGGCGCAAUGCUGAAUAUCCAGCGCUAUCGACUACGGGCUUCAUCCUGUCCCGACAUUUACCGGAACUCGAUGACGACGAUCGCCAAGGAAAAGACUGCCUGGUAUCAGGGAAUAGAUGAGUUCAAAACACUGCUGGUCAGUAUUUUGGAUUUGUCAUAUUUCCGCGAUAUCCGUUUUCUGCUGUUUGCGAUCUCGAAUUUUUUGCUGUACACCUGGUACGACGUGCCGUACGUGUACCUGACGGACAAUGCCACAGAGAUGGGUUUCACGCCGUCACAGUCGUCGAUGCUGAUUUCCAUAAUCGGUAUUGUUAACAUGGUGGGAGAGAUUGCUCUUGGAUGGAUGGGUGAUCGAAAGUCCGUCAACGCCAACUUAACGUACGCAAUAUGUAUGGGAUUCUGCGGAUUGGUAACGGCACUGGUGCCAUUAUUUACCGAUUACACGGCGCUAUCGUUUUUGGCCGGUGCAUUUGGAUUGUUCAUUGCCGCCAAUUACUCCCUCACAAGUAUUAUCCUCGUUGAGUUGAUUACACUGGAACGGUUUACCAACGCGUAUGGACUACUGCUUCUGGUACAAGGUGUGGCCAAUCUGGUCGGACCGCCUUUGGCUGGCUGGAUCUCGGACAUAAUGGAGAAUUACAAUCUUUCAUUCUACUUGGCGGGCAUAUUCAUUGCGUUGUCAGGGCUGUUACUGCUGGUUUUACCCGCCAUCGGAGAGUACAAAAAGUACAACCAAAGACGUGCGUCGAAAGAGAAAAGUGGCGGCUUCGAUGGAUAUGGGAUGAAUAAUUUGACGUUGACAACAUCCGGCACCAAAACGAAUGGCGCUGCAGUUCUUCUGACGGCGGAUUGUUUCGCACAGGAAAAGCUCAUCAAGGAGGGCGCUAUUGUUUGAAUCUGAAGCUCUGCCGGGGUGGUGGUGAGUUCAAAAGGGUGGCUUCAUAUUUCUCCACCGUCUCCCAUUGGGGAACAAUUUUCGGAAUCACAACACGCGAUGGUAUCGAGAAAUCGUCCAAUAACUCACCGACCAAUCAGAAAAAAACAUGCUUCACAUCAGUAGAUUUUAGUUCAACAGUUGAAUGUGAUCAAACGAGUUGUUAAGCUCAGGCCAUAUGAUAAGUUUUUCGUUUUCAGCGAGAAUGUGUGAUUUUGUUUCGGUUCUACGUUACAUUUUUUUUUCGUUUUGAAUUUUACCUGUUAGAUUUGACCUGACAGUUUUAUUAGUUACUAUGAAAUCUUCCCAAUCGCAAACUAAAACCAUGCAGAACAAAACAAACUUUGGAUAAUAAUAAUAAACUUUAGGAGUUAGGAAAUUC